AUGAAGAAACUUCCCCUGAAAACUGCUCACUCAGUAGAUCAUGAAGCAGAUUUGAAGCACUCCAGAGAGAACUUAUUGGUUUCUUAUAUUUUAAUUGCUUACUUCAUUCAUGGGGACAGUUUGAUGCAUGAAGAAGAACAACUUCAUGAUGACAAAAAGACAGGCAGUGACGCCUUACAACAGGCUGGAGAAGUACUUGGCCAGAGUGCUCAAAGUGCAAUGGAUGUUGAAGUUCUUUGCAUGGAUCAUUUAAGAAAAAGUAGUGAUACUAGAGACUCCUCUUCUGAAGCUGCAACUCUAUGUAAACCAGGAAAAACCCAUGCAUUGAUAAGAGAUGAAGCUCAAGUUUUAUCAAGUGCUGAUCCUAAAGCAACAGAAACCCCUCAUUUAGGCAGAUCACUUCCUUAUUUGGACUUGUCUGUUAUCCCCACUGAAGUUGGUGACAGCUGCAAAGAUGAUGAUAAAGUUAGUCCUCUAUUUUCCAAGGAAAUUACACCAAAAAACCAGUGUAUGCAGCUAUUUUCAGAAGAAAAAACCGGUGACAUUUUUCGCCCAGUGACAACACAGCCUGUGGCGGCGGCUUCUAUAGCUUCAGGACAAAGAAGAAAUUCUUCAGUUGGGAGGCAAAAAUAA